UGGGGCUAUAACUAAGAAGCAAUUAAAGGAAGAAUAAGAAAAACGAUUGGCUGAACGUCUGUAGAAUGUAGAAUUGGAGAGUGAAUAGAGUGAGAAUGAAGAAGUUGAAUAGGAAUAAUCAGAAUAGUAAGAUAAUAAUUAAUUUCUUUAAUAAAAUUAAUAAGAACAAUAAAUAAAUUUAGAAAAACUUCAAGAAAUUUGGGAUUCAGACUAAGAAGAUUUUGAUGAAGUAAAUUAUUAUCUAAACAUCCUAAUAGACGAUUGGAUAAAAUUAGAAUCACAUUUUAAGAGAUCAAUAAAAAAAAGAUAAGGAAAAAUAUGAAUAAAUCAUUGAUGCUGAUGGAAUUGAUUAGUUUAUAGAUGCUAUUGAUGGAAAAGGUCCUUAGUAAUUGGUAAUGGAAUAGAAAUAUUAUAAUAGAAAUUCAAAGAAUAUUGUCGCAAAAGAUUAUAGAAGGUGUAGAAGGACAAUCCUUUACUUAGACAUUCUUAAAUAAUGGAAAUGAUUUAUAAAUAGGUAAAAGUCUUACAAUAUAAUAAAAGUGGAAGACAGAUCCUCUAAAUCCAAAGAAUUAAUGAUUUAUAAUAAAG